AUGACUCGGUCGGCCAUUGAGAGUCGUGACAAGCAAGCAAUGGCCGAGUUCACGCCACCAUCAGCCCAUCUCAAGCCUAUCUUCGACGCCAUCCGACGCCAUCGAAGUCAUCGGUCCUGCCAUGAUUCCGCGAGACUCACGGAUCUCAACGGUGGGUUCACUACUAAACUCUCUGUAGUUUUUGUCCUAAAGACCGAGACCCCAAUCAGGCAAUUCGGCAGUGAUUGGCCGACGCGAGGAAACCAUGUGGCUUGCCAGACGACCCUCGAAGUUGCAUGCGCUAGGACGGCCUUGCGAUGCUCCAGAGUGGACGAGGGAAACGGUUAG